AGUUGCGAUUUUAGGUUCCGGCAGAAUUGUUGGAAAUCUACACUUGUUAUUUUUUUAUGAAUGUGUAAACGCUGCAGGUCCUAUCUGCGUUGCGAAAAUGCAGUUCGGUGCGCUGCUGUUUUUGGUGUAUCUAGUGCUGCCUGCCAUUUUUGCCGAAGACGUCAGUUAUCAAGCAUGCGUUGACAAAUACUCAAGAAAAGGUUAUCAACCAUGGCAGGAGUGGUCGGAUCACUACACUUGCCAUAGAUAUAGGUGUGAAAUUCGCGAUGGAAAAUACUUCAUUGCUGCGGUUGGAUGUAGGAAACCGAAGAUUCCUGAAAAUGCUUUAGAAUGUCACGAGUACAUUGAAGAUGAAAAUGUUGAAUUCCCAACAUGCUGUGCUAGACUACGAUGUGUAGUAGAAGUUAAUGGUGAAAGGAUUGUGCAAACUAGAGGUCAACCAGGAGAAUUGUUCCCUGAUAAACCCUGGAAAGGGCAACAAAACGAGCCUAAUCCAGCUGUAGUAGGCAUGGGAGCCAUACAACAAAACACGGUCGGUGGCGAACCUCAAGGACAGCCUGCUCCUGGGAUAUUUAACAGCCGUGGGGCAGCGGAUGGCAGCGAUAUUAACAGCCGGCGGUACGUAGACCCGUACCCAAGCCAGCAAAUGCAAGAAUCGCCAAGAAAGAAAAGAUCUACAAUAUAUCCCCUCUUCGACCGCGGCCUCGUCUCCGAGUCCGGUUCAUACAGACCUCACCAGGUUAAAAUUCAUGGCUACAGCCCCGAAAGAUACACAUCAUAUUUCACCAACUCUGUGAAGGGUCUUGUAAAUCCUAAAUUGCAGUAUCAUUGAUUAUUUUGAUAAUAUGCCGUUGUUACUUGUUUUUGUAUAACGUCUUAUUUCUUGUUUUGAAAUGUAACCACUUGUACCUAAUAAUAUAAUUCUUUCUUUAUGUCAAUGCAAUCAUAUUUUUUAUUUGUAAUUCUUUCCUACCUUAUGUGAAGUUAAGUUUGAUUUAAAUUGUU